AUGAAAAUUCUACACAGCAGUCACCUGGGACAAGAGAAAUGUAUAAAGCAAGCUAAAUCAACAUUGUUUUGGCCAGGAAUAAUCAUGCAGUUGAAGGACAUAAUAGAACAGUGCAACAUUUGCAACCGCUACAGAAAUGCGCAGCAAAAGGAGCCAAUGAUACCACAUCAGAUCCCAAAUCGUCCUUGGCAGAAAGUUGCAGCGGACAUUAUGUUUUUUGGGAACACAAGAUACUUGAUAACCGUUGACUACUUCUCAAAGUUCAUAGAAGUCAACCGCUUACAAGAUGGGAAAGCCGCCACCGUUAUCAACAUUCUGAAGCAACACUUUGCUCGAUUAGGAAUCCCUGAAGAGUUCAUUUGUGACAAUGGACCGGAAUUCGCAAACCAUGAAUUCAAAAACUUUUAG